CGUCUCAAAGCGCAUUCUCGGCGGAUAUUUAACUCUUCUGUUUGAACUUUGAAGCUUGUUCGUUAACCUCCUUACGGAAGUGCCAAGGGGAAUCGCUGCUUGAUUGAACGAGCUACUUCAGUGAAUUAGCCAAGGUGAGAGACAGCUAGGGUUUCAAGUAUUGGAUUCUGGAAGUUGGGAAGCAAAGGAGGGCAGGAUGGCCGAUGAAGGAUUGAGCCAGCGGAUAAAAGAGGACAAUCCUCAGUUAGCAUUAGUACUGAAAGAAAUGAAAGGAGGGUUGGAUUUGGUGAGAAGUAAAGUUGAAAGCUUGACUGCUAAGGUAAAAGCUAAUAAUUAUCCUACAGCUGAUGGGAUAAGCUACCUAGAGGCUAAAAAUUUGUUGCUUCUUAACUAUUGCCAAUCGCUGGUGUACUACAUGCUUCGUAAGGCAAAGGGUUUGUCAGUUGACAAUCACCCUGUUGUUCAAAAGCUUGUCGAGACGAGGUUGUUUUUGGAGAAGAUACGACCAAUUGACAAAAAACUUGAAUAUCAAAUUCAAAAGCUCACAAAGGGUGCUUCACAGCCUGUGGAUCAAGUAAAUGUCAAUAGCAAUACAGAGGCUUCUAGGAAUUCUGAGGAUCUUUUGAAGUAUCGUCCCAACCCAGAUAUGCUUAAUAACAAAUCUGUGGUCGCCUCUGGGGUGAGUUUCGAUGCUGUUGGUGUAUAUCGGCCACCAAAAUUGGUCCCAGUAGAAAUGGAAGGUGGCAGAAUAUCGAGGGAAAAAAGGAAUGAAGUGAGAAAAGAGAAAGAGAUGGUUAGACGGUCAAGACUGGGCUUCCAAAAAGAUUUGUUUGAUGACUUGCAGGGGAAGCCUGAAGAGGUUAAAGAAUCCUUUGGAAACGAGAGUAGGGAGUUUGAAAAAUAUCAGAGACACUGGGAAGCACGUGAGAAAGAGGAAGAAGACCAAUUCAUCCGUGCGCCUAUCACAAAGAAGGAGAAGAAAGAGUUGAGGAAUUUAAAGAGGUCAAGAGGCGGGUUGGAUGGUUUGACUGAUGGUUUCGAUAUCAAAUUCUUACCAUUGGAUGAUGGUGCUGGUGAACAACAGAAAGCUAGAAAUGGCAGUGUUGGAAUGAGGAAGCAUAAGAAACACAAGAGGAGGCAUUGAGCACAAGAAAAGCUGAGAUCCCCAGGCCAGUGUUGUGCUACGUUUAUGGGCAUACUUGAACCUGGGAGCUGGGAAGCUCAUUUCUGGUUCUUAUAAUUUUGCAAGUUCAAGGCCAGGCCAAAAGGAUAAGCGGCACGUCAAUUGCGUUAACUUACCAUCAUUAAACCAAUCUGUAAUCAAGUUUUGUGAGUGAGAGUUUUAGAUUCAAUGCAAAAUUUGAAUUUUUUAGUUUAUCAUAUACGGUUUCAAUGUACAAGGUAGACAUAUUACAAAAGAAUUUGAGAAAUAAAAUCAAUGAUCUGAAUCCAGAGA